AUGUUGAAAAAGGCAAAGAAGAUCUUUACUCAGAGAUAAAACUGCUACACAGUUGAAAAAGAUGGAAAGCACAAGACAGGACCAAAUCUUUGGGGUUUAUCUGGCCACAGAACAGGACAAGCUGCAGGAUUUUCUUAAUCAGAUGCAAAAAAGAACAAAGGAGUUGCCUGGAGUGAGAAUACACUGACAGAGUAUUUGGAAAACCCUAAGAAAUACAUUCCUGGUAUAAAAAUGAUUUUUGCUGGAACUAAAAAGCAGAAUGAAAGAGCUAAUCUCAUUGCAUACUUGAAAAAAGCAACUUCAUGA